GAUCUCGUCGUCAAAUCGUGUGUUUAGUUUAUUAUCAAGAUAAAUUGUUCACACAUUUUUUCUAGAGGUUUAAUAUUUGGGCCCAGUGUGUGGGUAUCACGCUGUAGAUACGAGCGUCGCGCGUGUGUUCACGAUAGUGCUUGUUUGCGCGUCGCUUAAUAGUCAUGUUUUUCUAAAUAAAGAGUAUUUUAAUUCACUUUCGGUGAACUUUGAUAGAACUGAGUGGAUCACUCAAAUAAACGCAGCAAAAAAUAUCAGCAUUCUUGAAAGAUGACUCCCACAAACGGCGUGGGUCCGGAGCCUCCGCAGAUCGUGGUGCUGGACGGCGGGUUCUCGACGCAGCUGUCGUGCCACGUCGGUCACGUCAUCGACGGAGACCCGCUGUGGAGCGCUCGCUUCUUGUACACACACCCCGACGAGGUCGUCAAUACACAUCUCGACUUCCUUAGAGCGGGAGCAGAUUUAAUAAUAACGAACACUUACCAGGCGUCGGUGGAGGGGUUCGUGGAGCACCUGGGCGUGACGGCGGAGCAGGCUUCCGAGCUGAUCGUGCGCGCUGUGGAGCUCGCCAAGCGCGCGCGCUCGCAGUACCUCGAGGAGUACCAGGACUAUGUGCAGAACGAUCGCAUCCCGCUGGUCGUGGGCUCGGUGGGGCCCUAUGGGGCUCACCUGCACGACGGCUCCGAGUAUGAUGGCAGCUACGCAGACACCACUUCUGUUGAGACUAUGAAAGCUUGGCAUCGACCUCGGAUCCAGGCUCUGGUUGAAGCAGGAGUUGACCUGCUGGCGUUGGAAACCAUCCCUUGUCAAGAAGAAGCCGAAAUGUUAUGUGACCUUCUUCGUGAAUUCCCUCACAUAAAAGCUUGGAUCGCAUUCAGUUGUAAGGACAAUCAAAGCAUAGCUCACGGUGAAAGCUUCCAAAAAGUAGCAAAGAAAUGUUGGGAGGCGAAUCCUGACCAGCUCGUUGCCGUGGGAGUGAACUGCUGCGCGCCGUCCUUUGUGUCGAACCUCGUGAAAGGCUUCAACGACGACCGGCCACACGACCCCAUUCCGCUUAUCGUUUACCCCAAUUCGGGCGAAAAAUACAACCCGCAAAUAGGGUGGAUAGACCGCGACAAGUGCGAGGCAGUGGAGGUGUUCGUGCAGGAGUGGCUGGACCUGGGCGUGCGGUACGUCGGCGGCUGCUGUCGGACAUACGCGGCCGACGUGUCGCGCAUCCGCAACCAGGUGCAGUGCUGGCGCGACCGGUGGCGCUUCCAGGCCAAGUACCCCGACGCGCAGAACAACAACGCUCAGUAAACACCACUACGGUUCAUAGUUCCUUGGCGGGUUAUUACAAAACAUCAUUUUGUGCGGUUCCUACUUCAUGAAAUAUGCAUAGUUACCUACAACCAGGAUUAUCUUUUAAACGUGUCAACAAAGAUUUUCAUUUUUCUUCUUGAAACUGUGCACUCGUGUUUACCAUAGCGGACUAGCGUAAUAAAUGUAAACUAAACCUGUUACUAAAAAUAAAGGUUAUAAUGAUGUGAGUGAACUAAAUGAAAUGAAAUGUAUUUGUAAAAGACCCCUCGAAGCAAGAACUACUUUUAAUAAUAAUUAUAUUACCUAUUUAAAAUACAAUUUGUAUGUGCCAUCAACUUUAUUGUAAGUAAUUUACGAAUUUCACUUAUUUUUGUAAAUGUAAAGAACAAAUUAUAAUAUUUUAUUCGGAA